GCAGCCGGCGGGGGCGGCUGUCAGGCGGUGACGGCGGGCGGGACGCGCCCAGGUUGUUGCUGCUGCUGCUGCCGCCGGGACGCGGCUGGGUGCGGGCGGCGGCGCUCGCGGGGAGGGGGCGGCGGCGGCGGGGAGCGAGGCAGACCCGACCCGGCCCGGCCAUGGACGAGCAAGCGGGGCCCGGCGUUUUCUUCAGCAACAACAACAACAACAACGCGCUGCUCCUGCCGCCGCCGGCGGGCGGGCCGGGGCUGGAGCCGGGCGAGGCGGCGGCUGCAGCGGCGGGAGGCGGCGGCGGCGGCGGGGUCCCUCCCGCCGGGGCCGCCGCGCCGGUGUCGGCGUCCCGGGCUCAGUACAGCGUGCCGGGCAUCCUGCAUUUCCUGCAGCACGAGUGGGGCCGCUUCGAGGCGGAGCGCGCCGAGUGGGAGGCGGAGCGGGCGGAGCUGCAGGCACAGAUUGCCUUCCUUCAGGGCGAAAGGAAGGGACAAGAAAAUCUGAAGAAGGAUCUAGUGCGGAGAAUCAAAAUGCUGGAAUAUGCGCUUAAACAAGAAAGGGCUAAAUAUCACAAACUAAAAUAUGGCACAGAACUGAAUCAGGGAGACAUGAAGCCACCAAACUAUGAUUCUGAUGAAGGGAAUGAAACAGAGAUUCAACCACAACCAAACAGUCAGCUAAUAUGGAAACAAGGACGACAGCUGCUAAGACAGUACCUACAAGAAGUGGGCUACACUGACACAAUAUUGGAUGUGAAGUCAAAACGGGUACGAGCUUUGUUGGGCCUCUCAAGUGAUGCUUCAGAGAAGGAAAACAGAAAUCAAGAGCCAAUGGUAAAUGGCACAGAGGGCCAGAUUAAAGAAAACGCAAUGAUUGGGAAACCAGAACUGACUGACUCUGCCUCUCUGCUAGAGACCUUCAAAUUUCUUGAAAAUGCAGCUGCAGACUUCAGUGAUGAAGAAGAUGAAGAAGAUAUUGAAGGAAGAGAGAAAACAAUCAUUGAUACCUCAACAAUUGUGAGGAAGAGAGUACUGUCUGACAGCAGCGAAGACAGAGAUACGGAAGAAGCUUUGAAAGAGUUUGACUUUUUGGUUACCUCAGAUGAAGGUGAUGGAGAAUCAAGAAGUUCAGGAGAUGGAACAGACUGGGAAAAGGAAGACCAGUGUCUCAUGCCUGAAGCCUGGAAUGUGGACCAGGGAGUAAUAACCAAACUCAAGGAACAAUACAAAAAGGAGCGCAAGGGGAAAAAGGGGGUGAAGAGAAAAACUACCGAAGAUAUGUUUCAGCCUCAAUCCUAUAUAAAACAGUCAAAACAGGGAUGUGGGAAAAUGAUGGAGCAAAGUACAGGGCCCAACAGGUCAAAGCUGCAAGAUAUGCUUGCAAACUUGAGAGAUGUUGAUGAUCUGCCUUCAUUACAGCCAUCUGUUGCACCUUCUUCCAGGCCAAGUAGCUCAAGGCUCAUUGAACAUGAGAUAAACAGGACAGAUGAAGUGGAAGCUUUAACAUUCCCUCCUUCUUCAGGAAAGUCUUUCAUUAUGGGAGCAGAUGAAGCCCUUGAAAAUGAGCUGGGUCUUGGAGAGCUUGCAGGCCUUACAGUAGCCAAUGAGGCAGAUUCACUAACUUACGAUAUAGCAAACAAUAAGGAUGCAUUGAGAAAGACUUGGAACCCCAAAUUCACUUUAAGAAGUCACUUUGAUGGAAUAAGAGGUCUGGCUUUUCAUCCAGUUGAACCAGUCUUAAUAACAGCUUCAGAGGACCAUACAUUAAAAAUGUGGAAUUUACAAAAAACAGCCCCAGCAAAAAAGAGUGCUUCUCUUGAUGUAGAGCCAAUAUAUACAUUCAGAGCUCAUAAUGGACCAGUGCUUUGUGUGGUAAUGAGCAGUAACGGUGAACAGUGUUACAGUGGAGGAACUGAUGGCCUCAUCCAUGGCUGGAAUACAACCAACCCAAACAUCGACCCCUAUGACUCUUACGAUCCUUCUGUUCUAAGAGGUGCUUUUGUAGGCCAUACAGAUGCAGUGUGGGGUCUAGUAUACAGUGGAGCACACCAGCGUUUGCUGUCCUGUUCGUCAGACGGCACUAUACGUUUAUGGAAAGCUACAGAAAUUGCUCCAGCUCUUAAUAUUUUUAAUGAUAAUCAAGAAAUGGGAAUCCCUUCAUCAGUAGAUCUUGUGAGCAGUGACCCAAGCCUCAUGGUAGCAUCAUUUAGUAGUGGACACACUAGCAUUUUUAACAUGGAGACCCGGCAACGAAUUCUUACCCUGGAGUCUGGAGCAGAUACUACAGUCAGUUCUUCCUGUCAGAUAAACAGAGUCAUCAGCCAUCCAACUCUUCCAAUUAGUAUCACUGCUCAUGAGGACAGACACAUCAAAUUCUAUGACAACAAUACAGGAAAACUGAUCCAUUCCAUGGUAGCUCACUUAGAUGCAGUUACAAGUUUAGCUGUUGACCCUAAUGGCUUGUAUUUGAUGUCUGGCAGUCAUGACUGUUCAAUUCGCUUAUGGAAUCUUGAGAGCAAGACCUGCAUCCAGGAAUUUACUGCUCAUCGCAAAAAAUUUGAUGAAUCCAUUCAUGAUGUGGCAUUCCACCCAUCCAAAUGCUAUAUUGCCAGUGCAGGAGCAGAUGCUCUGGCUAAAGUGUUUGUAUGACAGAGUGCUUCCCUUUCAACUCUAGCUUGUAUAUAUUUAACCAGCUGCACAAAAGAGAAGGGGGCAAGAGUCUCCUUACCCUGCCCUAUAAUUCAGAGAAUGUUUGUAAGUGUUUAGUUUUUGCAGGGUGCUCUUUUCUAAAUUAAGGUUUGUUCUGGUUUCUGUGAGCUCAGCUGGUGCUGAGAGCUUGGAAACUCUCAGUUUCAAAUAGUUCAAAAACAAAAGAAGCGCUUUUAUUUCGGAGGGUGUGAGUUUUCGUCCAGGCAGGCCUUGGGUGAAACUUGGGUCUAUGUAUUCUCUAUUAAUAAAACGGGAUACUGGAAAGGAAGAGUCCAGUUGCUUCAGGGAGCGGGAAAAGAGGGAAACUUCCUGGGAUGCUUCUCAUAGGGGAAUCUUAAUGUGCUUAAAAUUAAAUUGCCUGGAAAAAGUGUCAGUUCACAUGUUCAUUAUUGUGCCAUGUGGGAGGCACUUUUAUCAUCCCUUUGGUAUUAAUAAGUAGAUAAUGUUCAGAGAGCAGUAGCUGAUAGUUAAUCUCAGCCACCUGGCUGCUAGCCUAAGAUAAAUGUGGUUAAAGGAAAAUUACUAACAAAAAUUAAAAUGCAGAAAAGUUUUGUUACAUCUUUUAUGUUAUACAGCAAAUACUUAGUUUGCAAAAAACAUAUAUAAUUUUUUUUAAAGACUGUAUUAGUGUGUGGCUAGAAGCUGAGCCUUUAGUCUAGUCACAAUUAACAACAGACUGAAGCAGUCUGUAUAUACUGUAGUAGCAAAUUAACUUAUUCAGAUUUAUAAUACUGUUUAUCCUUGGAGGUCUGGCACAAGAAAUAAUCACAAAUCUUUCCAAAGGAACUCUCUUACAGUAUAAUUAUCAAAUGUUCAUCUCCUCUUUCUGUUCCUGCUAAAAAAAUAAUAAAAUAAAGAAGGUGUCAUUCAGGGCAUUAAGUGUAACAGUGAAAUACUUUAAUUCAUUUGAAGAUAAAAGCUAUACCUGAUACUCCAUAUGAGUUGUAUUACUGUAAUAGAUGUCCAUACAGAGUUCCACCAAUUAGAAAGAUUCUGCUAUUUCUGGAGGUAUUUCCUAACUUUAAUACUUGUGGAACUUUUAACAUGUUGUAUUGUGCCAUUGAUCACGUUAUGUGAAGAAUGAAUGCUUUUUUUUUUUUUUUUUUUUUUUUUUUUUAUUAUUCAACAAAUGUGCUUUGUUUGUAUAUUCAGGGCUCAUCUGUUGAUCUGAAUGACAAAUAACUUUUAAAUCGAUAUUUUAUUCUCUUUAUCCCUUCCUAAAGGAAAGUGCAUGGAUUCUUUUCUGUUACGCAUCAUCUUCAAAGUUUUUAUUACUCUUCUCCAAGUCUAUGGGGGUUGGUGUUUUCCUUUUAAGUGAAAUGAAAAGCAGAAUUUAUGCUGGAAGUGGUGUGGUGCUGAUGUGAGUAGGAAAGAACCCAAUGCAACUCUUUCAAAUACCAACUUAAGUUUAAGACUGGAAGUUGAUAGAUAAAUCUUUACCUUUAAACUGACACUUCUUAAAAAGGAAUCAUUGAAAAAUAUCGACAUAGGAUUUGGUCAUGUUGUUUUAGAGUGAUGUUUCAGGAUGGGACCAUGUUUUAAGCUGAACUAGUUUAGAUUAACUGUAUUAUUUAGAAUAAAAGAUUGAUCUGUGCUGUUUGAGCCUGCAACACAUUGUAUUUACUGCUAAAAUACCCUGGAAUACCUUUUAUUGCUCAGAAUAUUCAGAUAUGUCACUUCAUGAUACUGAUAUGCAAUAUAUUUCCAUAGAUAAGAUUAGAACGUUUACCAUUAAACAGGUGACUACAAUAUUAAUUCAGAUUAUUUAGUUUUUAUAAUGUGUUUUGAUUAUGAUGAAAAGGGGAAAACUUGGCUGCAAAACUGAGCAUUCAACUUUGUGAGAGUUCUGUGUACUUGACUCCUAUUCUUUCAGUGUCAUUAUUUUAUUUCUUUGUGAAACGGAAUUACAAAGAUUUAUUUGAAAAAUUCUAAAAGUUAUGUAUAUUAUAUAUGUGUAUAUAUAUAUAUUGUAAACUUGUAUUAAAUAUGUCUAGUAAGGGAAGACUCCAUGGGUGCAUUUUAAUGUUUUAGUAUUAAGAGUUCUCUUGAGUUUGUGUAUACAAAGGAUAAUGGUGUGAGUAUGAAAUGAAUGUUGUGCUUUUGCUUACACAAUACAGUAAAUAGUUACAAUUGUUUAAAUUGCUGUACAUAAAACUAAUAGGCCAGCAUGCUUGUUUUUAAAGACGGUCAUUCUGAUUACAAUUGGAAUGUAAGAAGUGGCUGUUCAAAUGUGAAUUGAAAGACGAAAAUCACUGAAAUGUGAUUCUUUAAAGCUGGCAAUAGCUAGAGGAUGAGGUGCCUUUAAACAAAAACAAAUGUAGCCUUAUAAAGAGGUUGUGGAGUAUAUAUAUUUUUGUGCUGGUCUUCAUAAUUGAUGUCAAUGUCUUUUUACUGUACUUGCUCACAUACUUGUAGGACUGCAGGGUAUUGUGCAUGAGCCUGUCAGGUCUUCUGAACGUCAUCAUAGAAGUUAGGGAUGAAAAGAUUAUUUAGGUUAUCUAGUUCAUCUGCUUGCUAAAGCAGGUUUAUAGACUUGUGCAUUUUAAUAGUGUCUUGGACAGUGAGGUUUUUAUGUAUGUUUGAAAUGAUUAGACUUCCUUUUAUUGUAUCUCACUGACAGGAGAAUUUACCUGGUGUUUAGCAGUUCUUUUCUGUAAUUUCACAUCAGUAUUCCAAGUCAUGUUCUUUUGUGCCAUUUGAAAUAUUACUCAUUGUCUUCAUAAUUUGGAACCUGCAAGUGCACACUAGCCCUAGUUGUAUAUUAAUGUUCCUUUCAUCAUUCUUCGAGCUAUUUUUAGCCGACUCCUUAUACACAACUUCUGUUCUUGUUUUCAGCUUGUUAGCUCAUUUCUCUAUAGCUUGAUGCCUAUAACACCAUUCCACAUACAUGACUUGCUGGACUUAGUCUGGAAGUAAUCUGAUAAUUUACUUUUUAUUUUUUUUAAUCUGUAACAUGAUGCCUUUGCAUAGGAAGUCCAAACUUUUGGUCUUAUGGCUCAUGUCACACACACACAAAUCUUACUUAUCUGACAGUUUUAAAUAAUUACAAGCAUUGCUGCUUCUCAGGUUUCGUCUUCACUUUUCGGUUUGUAUUUGUUUCUUCUCCAGCUGGAUACUUAACACUUGCUUCAUGAUUAAUACUAUUCUUUGUAAGCUUGAACUUCUACAGGCACUAAAGUAUUUUUAUUUUCCUCCCUUUUAUAUGCAGUUCUUCCACAUUUGAUGUAAUUGGUAAUUUCAUGAAUGUGAUUGACACACACACACACACACACACACACAUAUCAUACAUAUGUAUGUGUGUAUAUAUGUAUGUAUACGUACAUACACACAUAUAUGUAUAUAUGUAAUAUAAAUAAAACUGGACCUAAUGCUUAUUCUUGCAAGAAGCAUUUUUGUGCAACUCAGUAUAUCGCGUUUUCCCAUUACUGAUUUUUCCCAUAUAUAAUUCACAUAGUAUAUUUUGUAAUGAUUAACUCAGAAAUUUUUGUGUAUGUUAACCUGUGCUACUGAUUUUGUACUAGUGACUAAAUGAAAAAGAGAAGUUGCAGUGCUUCCGUAUGCUGAAAAUUGAUCCACUAGGUUUAAAUAUUCUCAUUUUUAAUUCUAAAUUACAUCACUGUAGUGCGUGUUUUCACAUACUUGAUUCAGUUACCAAAAUACUCGCACAAAAUAAUUUGAAGUAACUUGGAAAAAGCUCUAGAUAUAAUUAUAUUGUGGAAAAUAUUUAUUUCACUAUUAUUAUAGAGUCCUAGGCAAUGCAUUUAUUUUUCUGCCUCAAAAGACAAAAAGACAAAAUUGUUUUGAUAUGCGGUAAAAGACUUUGUUUACUGCUUUUAGGAAGAUAACCUGAUUAAUAUUUUUGGAUCUCAUUCAUCUUCAUUUUGGUAAAAUAUUGUUUUAGCAAGUUGUACAAGUCUGUACAACUGUAUAGUACCUAGGUUUGUUCUUUUUCUUUGCCAUAUGUUUUCAAUUAAUGUGGUGUUAAAUCAGCCCUUUACAUAAUGUGUUUGAGUAAGUGCGUGACGUUUUACAUACAACUUCGUGAUUAGGCCAUACAGGGUCAUUUUGCAGUUGUAAAUUCAAAGUAAAUAUAAAUUUGUCCUUUUGAAUAAAUAUGUAAAGGAUAAAGGAUUUAAUCACACUAUCCUUUUCAGUAUGUCUGUGUGAUCUCAGAUGUGUCCCUUUUCCCCACCUCCAUACUUACGCUUUAACAAUGUGAUUUUGAGGAGCAGCGAUUUCCAUAAACUGAUAAGUCACUUGGGCAGUAUUUGAUUGGCAGAAGUAUUAGUCUGUAUCAAAGGAAACAAAAAAUUAAAAAGGCAGGCAUAACCAUCAGUUCAUAAAGGUUUUCAGGUGUCUUUGAAGAUGUGUAUUUGGGAGUGUUUGCAGCAUGUGGUUUGGCAGGGUCUUUUCAGUACUGUCUUAGGGAGACUAUUUGACACCUUUGUGAAAUAUUUAUUAUGGCCUGUAAGUAGUAAAUGUUCUAUGGUCCAGUUUACAGCUUUGUAAAAUCUGUCUUACAGUGGGUCACAUUUUGUAAGGUAGGUUGAGUGACGGAAGAAGAUGCAGCCAGUGUAUUUGUUCCUGUGUCUGGACACCGAAAGACUACAGCAGAGUUCUUAAUGGAGCCCUCUUGCUGAACCAUCAGGCUUGUGAUCUAACCUUAAUAGGUUCUUCAGCAUUAUAUUAAAUGAGAUUCUACUGGAAAAUCUUUAUUAGUAGUAGUAUUUUUGUUUUGAAGAUCUGUAGACGGUGACAGUAUUUGGCAUUGUGUGCCUGUCAGUGAGGCAAGCUGACGGAUCAUUCUCUGAACUCCAGAGAGAAUAUGAUCAGUGAGGCGUCCAAAACUGGUGUUGCUCCACGGGACUGGUGCGACCUCAGUAGCAUCAGGCUGGGAACCUGUGCAGGACUUAGCCUGGCACUGUCUCAGAGGACGAAGGAAACCCUUUAAAGGGUCAGAGGAGCAAGUUCAGUGAGGCUUUCCCAGGUCACUCCUAAGUUUAUUCAUUCAUCCAUUCAUUGCAGGCUGUACGUAAGACAAAAUUUAGUGCAUAUACAAGUUCUUUUGUGUCAAAGAAGUAAUUUGUUCAAAUUUCAAAACUAUACCAGUUUAGCAGAGGAGAUGGCAAGAUAUUUCUAACAAGUCACUACUUAAAUAAGAACAGAACCUUUUUCUUAAAUUAAUGCUCUUGUUGGGGGCCCGACUGUGCUAAGAUAGAUACCUCAGACAGCUGUAAUGGGACCACUCUUGCCCUUGUGGAUGAACAUUUACUUAAAAAAAUAACAGGCUCUGUUUUGUGAUGUCUGUUAGGAUUGAACCAAAGCCACAAGAUUUGGAAAGCAGAAAUGAUAAUUUGGCUUGUUUCUCAGUUUUCUUUUUUUGCAUCAGUCACUACCUUCAUGUUUAAAAGUAAUACAUUACAUGCAUAGUGUCAUUUUCAUCACUCAUAUUUAUCCUAGUCUGUAAAAUGCUCCCCCUUCAGAUUGCUUGUGAAGGCACUUGUGAACUGUAGCUUGUAGCUUUCCAGUUCAGCAAUAAUAUGAUAAAGGAGUGUCCAAACCAUUCACGUAUGUUGAUCAAUGUUUCUGUAUCUUUUUUUAAUGUUAUUUUUUCAUACAAAUGAGAGGUGGAUUGACCUAGUAGUUCCAAUUAAUUUGUAACUCACUUCAGUACACAUGUAUUUCAGCUUUCUAACAGAGGAGUUGGAACUCUUAUAAGACUCGUGGAAAUAACUGUGAAAACAUUAUACUGUUUAUAAUAUAGCAUUUUAAAACAUUCUGAAAUUUGUGGAUAUUCACUGGACAUUGUUUUGGUCUUUGUUAAAAAAAUGAAAUCUGAAUAUGAUUAAAACAUAAAGUUAAUUGGUUUGUAUAAAAUGCUGCAAUCUUUGGCGUGGUAGUUUGAGUUUUCUUGGACAUCUGCUGUUGGUAAGCAUUGCAGUGAUGCUCAGUUUAAGCUGUUCUUAUUGAAUUACAGAGAGGAGGCAAAGAUUUUUCUGCAAAGUCUACUACCUUUCCCUAUCUGAAAAACAUUUCAGGAAAGACUCUUUUUCCUUUUUUCAACCAUAAGGGGUUGAAUGUUCUGUCUAAAUCUGAUGCGUAUUUAGUUGAUGGAGUUAGAAUACAUUAACAGUCUCGACUGUUUCAUCAUUGAUGGGUUUAGGCUUAUAGAAGAAUAGUGUUAGGGGAACUAACAGCCUGUAAACUGCCAGUCAAACCCUCAGCGAUGUUUUUAUUGAGCAGGAGUGAAACUAGUAGAAGUAGACAGUGUUUAAUUCAUCCAGUUACAUAAGAGGUGCUUCAGGAGGAAUAACUCACAGAUAAUCUUACGUACUGUAGAGCAUAGCAGCAAACAUCGACAGGGGAGGAACUAGAAUGACUCUUGUGUAAAUAGUCUUUGCUCAAAUAACCCUGUUCAGCAGAUGGGGUUAAUCCUGUGAGGGAGAAUUUUGGGGAAAUCUGCCCUUUUAAAUGAUAUCUCUGCCUAUGCUGACGUACCUGUUGUGCAGAUCUUUUUUUUUUUUAAUCUAACUUUAUCACUUAAAUCUUUCUAUAGACUAUAAUUUCUUGGAAUCUUAGAAUCUCAUCUGCAUUGGGCUCUCAGGGCAAGAUAAAUUAUUAAAGCAUUAUUGAUAUUCUUUUAGAGAGUGUUUUGAAGAGUAGUGGGAUUUCACUUGCAGCCUAAUCUUCCCACAACCACCAGAAGGCUCUUUUGCACCUCCUUACUCAUAACACACUUUCAUUGUACUGAGUUCUCUUAUCCCACCUACUGACUUAAUUUUACUGCUCGUCAAAUGAGUUGUCAAAACUCAUGGAGUGCUGUAUCAAUUAAGAUGAUGUUCUUGAGAAUCCGAAUUCAACUGUAGAAUCCGAAAGUGCAGUUGAACAGUGCAAUUUAGAGGUCUGAACUGGUUUGUUGUCAGUAGAUACUUGGUGGCUGAGGAAAUCCAAACUAUUGCUGAACUAAGGUAACGUUUAGUAGCAUAUGCUUUUUAGCUCAAGUUUCUUCCUGAUUGAGUCUACGCUGUGGUGUUGUGUGUUAAACUAGUUUGGCCCUGUUUGUGCUGCCAGGCCAUGCUGUGGUCCAGGGAGAUAAAACCAUGUUUAAACCAUGUCUGCAUGUGUUUUAAAGCUGCUCCAAGCCCUGCGUUCACAAGGUCCUCGAGCCCUGCCUGCUUGCAUUCACUCGGAGAGUUUACUCGCUUGCUUUUACAAGAAGCCCUUGGUCUUAGUGCCAGAAUGUUAAGUAGAAGGUUGAGAAAAGAUUCACACAGCUGGAUUUGUACUUUUCUAAAAGGGAAGGGAUAACUUGUUACCAAGCCAAAUACUUUCAUUAUUUUGGAUUACUUACUAAAAACAGCCAAAAACAUUGUUUAAGGGAUGAAUGAUGGACUUCAAGCUAAUAUUUUUCCAUUAAGAAUUUAUUUUUUUAUUCUUCUUUCAUCAAGAUAGCAGUCUUUGAGUGUAGCUUGUUUUCAGAUGUAUGGCUCCUAAAAUUGUUGUCGUCUUGCAGUCAGACAUUUACAAGCAUACACAGAUUUUGAAGACUGUCACAUAUGUUAGCACUUUUUCUGGAAAUGCAAAGUGAGCAUGUUAGCUAAUAAUUUCUUGUACCUUUGUAGCCUAAGCAGACUGCAAAGCACUUUUGUGCUAUGUUUUCCUUGAAUCAUGCAUCUGAAAAACCUGUAGGAGAGAAUUCAUGAUAAGACUGUUGUUGCUGUAACAUUUUCUAUUUGGCAUUUGUCAGCGUGUCUGCUAGCUGCAUUGUGUUUCAUACAAGUAUCUUCAAUUGGUUUCUUUCAAAAGAAGUUUAUCAGGUAACAAAGAAUGUUUUCAGACAAUUUUCUUUGGCUUAUGGAACUAAAAAUAAUAAAACUAAAGUAAUUAUCCAAUGUGUUUCUCACCAUAAUGACAGUUUGGACUUUCUUUUUCUUUUUUUGUUGUUGUUGCUUGUAUCCUCUACUACUUUUUUUCCUACAAAAACAACUAUUGAUUUAGUUACUUGGCAGUUUCCUUUCACAGGAGAUAAUGCAGGUUGUAACCACUUAAAUGUUAGUAAUUACAGUUGCUCCUAUUCUUUUGGGGUCACUUUCAUGACAGGUAGUUGAUAGGAAAUGGCUACUGUUACUGAUAUGUAAACUCGUUGUUAAACAGCUAAAGGAAAUUAAGAUUCCCCAGCAGAAGGAUGCUGAAGUUAUGAUGUUGCAUGCCAGUUUAGAAUGACUACUUUGAAAAAAUGUUGGACUUUCAGUGUCUUGCAGAGCAGUGGAUCCAAAUGAGAAGUAUCUGCUUGUUGAGUAAUACAGUCUGCUUGUCAGUUUGCGUAUGGUUCAGUACAAGGCUGUGUCAGAAUUACGAUACCACCAAAUUACCUUGUUUAAAUGCUACUGUUGUAUAAAAGUGAAUAUUAUCUUAAGUCAGAUAUUCUAUUUUCUAGUUUGUGAAGGAAAUAGUUCUCUUGGAAGUACGAAUCCAUAAACUUUGUGUAACUCAUGAUUCCAGAAAGGCUUUCUAUUCAUGGGAAAUGACAGAAAUAGUGAUUUGUUCUUUUAGCAUUUGAUAAGCCUUUAUCAUAAAAAAAAUACAAAUUGUUGCUUUAAAUGAAAAUGCUGCAUCAAACAUUACAUUUCAUAUUAAACUUCAAUAUUUUAAAAUCCUGGAUGAAUAUCUAAAAUGUCAAAGAUAGAAAAUUCUGUGGGAGAUUAUUUUGAAAUACACCAGUAUAUUUUUGAGCAUCUCAAUUGCAACCCUGGAUUUUCUAUUUUUCACUGCAAUUCAUGUUUUGUGAAACUUCUUGGUAGCUUAUAUUUCAAGUUACAUUCACUUUCCUGAUUAAACCAAGUAAAUACUUUGUCAUUAAAAUUUUAUUGAUCUGCUUAUGUUAGUGUGCAGUUCAAAAUGAGACCACACUGAGGUGACCAUGCAGGUAUUUAUAUUGGUAUGAUAGUAGUGAAGUGGGAUAGCUGUAUACUGUACCUGCAAUCUGUGCUGAGCAAAAUCACAUGGACUUCCAGAAAUAAGCAAUGUUUUUUAAGAGCAGCUUUAUUUAAUGUUACAGCAGCAAGUAAGUGUCAUUUGUACCAUAUAAUUAUGUAAAUUGGGUGCUAAUAAAUACUAUUUUUCAACA